CACCGGCUUCCGGCGUCAUUUCGCCGCGACUUCCUGUAGAGAGCAUGGCGGCUCUCGGCGGUGUCCGCGGGGUGACCCGAGCGCUGGUCGCCGCCCCGAAUCCUGGGGCAUGGAGGAGCCUGUGUACCUCGGCCGUAGCGCAAGCCGCCUCGCGGAGCCAGGGCGAGGACGUGAGGGUGGAGGGCGCCUUUCCCGUGACUAUGCUACCGGGAGACGGCGUGGGGCCUGAGCUGAUGCACGCUGUCAAGGAGGUGUUCAAGGCUGCCUCUGUCCCAGUGGAGUUCCAGGAGCAUCACCUGAGCGAGGUGCAGAAUAUGGCAUCUGAGGAGAAGCUGGAGCAGGUGCUGAGUUCCAUGAAGGAGAACAAGGUGGCUAUCAUUGGAAAGAUCCACACCCCGAUGGAGUAUAAGGGGGAACUAGCUUCCUACGAUAUGCGGCUAAGGCGUAAGUUGGACUUGUUUGCCAACGUAGUCCAUGUGAAGUCACUUCCUGGGUACAAGACUCGACACAACAAUCUAGAUUUGGUGAUUAUUCGAGAGCAGACAGAAGGGGAGUACAGCUCUCUGGAACACGAGAGUGCAAGGGGCGUGAUUGAAUGCCUGAAGAUUGUCACUCGAACCAAGUCUCAGCGGAUCGCGAAGUUCGCCUUUGACUAUGCCACUAAGAAGGGGCGGGGCAAGGUCACAGCUGUCCACAAGGCCAAUAUCAUGAAACUGGGGGAUGGGUUGUUCCUGCAGUGCUGUGAGGAAGUUGCUGAACUGUACCCCAAGAUCAAGUUUGAGACAAUGAUCAUAGACAACUGCUGCAUGCAGCUGGUGCAGAAUCCUUACCAGUUUGAUGUGUUGGUGAUGCCCAACCUCUAUGGGAACAUUAUUGACAAUCUGGCUGCUGGCCUGGUUGGGGGAGCUGGUGUGGUCCCUGGUGAGAGCUACAGUGCAGAGUAUGCAGUCUUUGAGAUGGGUGCCCGGCAUCCAUUUGCCCAGGCAGUGGGCAGGAAUAUAGCCAACCCCACAGCCAUGCUGUUGUCAGCUUCCAACAUGCUGCGGCAUCUCAAUCUCGAGCAUCACUCCAACACGAUUGCAGAUGCAGUGAAGAAGGUGAUCAAAGUCGGCAAGGUGCGGACUCGAGACAUGGGCGGCUACAGCACCACAACCGACUUCAUCAAGUCUGUCAUCGGCCACCUGCACCCCUAUGGGGGCUAAGAGCCCUUUAUUCCCUCCAGCCUCACAAGGACCAUACACCUCCCUUGAGUACAGUGGACCAGAGAAGAGCCCUAAACCUGUAGACCAUUAUCACCUUCUGGGCAGAGCCUAGGUUGUCUGGGGCUGGCUUCCUUAGGGAACUUAGGUGGUGGGGGGUUAGGGAUGGGGCCCAGGCCACAGAGGUGAUGACAGUUCUCCCCCACAGGUUCGAACUUCUCACAUGGGUGGUUAUGCCACCUGCCAAGACUUCACUGAGGCGGUCAUUGGUGCCCUGUCCAACCCAUAAGUCCCACCAUGUAAGGUGUCCAAUAAAACAUGAUAUGACUCGUGAAUUUGU